GAUGGCACAAGCUACAGGAAGUGCAGCUGUUACACUGAUCCCAGCAGGUGACAUGGAGAGGUGACGUGUCAUCAGAGUGAUCAGCCAAUAGCAGGGCAGCGCAGAGAUGACGGAGUGCUUCCUGCCACCCACUAGCAGCCCUGUGGAGCAGAGGAGGGCGGAGCAUCCUGGGGGUGUAGCUCGAACCCCGAGCUCCGAAGAGAUCAGCCCCACCAAGUUCCCGGGUCUGUAUCGUACGGGUGACCCCUCGCCUCCACACGACGGACACCACCAUGAGCCACCCGAUGCUGUGUCCGAUGACGAGAAGGAACACAAUAAGAAGAAGAAUAAAUUUAAGAAGAAGGAGAAACGAACCGAGGGAUACGCUGCGUUCCAGGAGGACAGUUCUGCCGAUGAGGCUGAGAGCCCGUCCAAGAUGAAGCGUUCCAAGGGCAUUCACGUUUUCAAGAAGCCCAGUUUCUCCAAGAAGAAAGAGAAGGAAUUCAAAGUGAAGGAGAAGGGGCCUAAAGAGGAGAAGGCCAAGGACAAGGACAAGAAGUCUAAAGACCUGACUGCAGCAGAUGUAGUCAAACAGUGGAAAGAGAAGAAAAAGAAGAAAAAGCCCUGCUCUGAGCCUGAACCUGUCAUCAUGGAGGCCGCAGUGAUGUUGCGGCCAAUUUUCGGGGCUCCUUUAGCAGAAGCAGUGAGGAGAACAGCACUGUAUGAUGGGAUUCAGCUCCCAGCCAUCUUCAGAGAGUGUGUGGACUACAUCGAGAGCUACGGCAUGAAAUGUGAAGGCAUUUAUCGUGUCUCUGGUAUGAAGUCUAAAGUGGACGAGCUGAAAGCAGCAUACGAUCGCGAGGAGUGUCCGUGUUUGGAGGAGUACGAUCCUCACACGGUGGCCAGCCUGCUGAAACAGUACCUGCGAGAGUUACCCGAUAACCUGCUGGGUAAAGAUCUAGCCCUGCGCUUCGAGGAGGCCUGCGGGCGGCCCAGUGAGGCGGAGAAACUGCAGGAGUUCCACAGGCUUCUGGGGGAGGUGCCCUCGGGGAGCAGACUCCUCCUGGCCUGGCUUAUCACCCACAUGGACCAUGUCAUCGCCCGUGAGGCCGACACCAAGAUGAACAUCCAGAACAUCUCCAUUGUGCUCAAUCCUACUGUACAGAUUGGGAAUCGAGUGCUGUACGUGUUUUUCACUCACGUCCAUGAGCUCUUCGGUGAUGUGGUUCUUAAGCCGGUGGUUCAUCCUCUGCGCUGGUCCAAUAUGGCCGCCAUGCCCACUCUACCUGAGACCCAGGAGAGCAUUAAAGAGGAGAUUCGCAGACAGGAGUUCCUUUUGAAUCGUCUGCACAGAGAUCUGCAGGCAGGUGUGAAGGAUCUGUCUAAGGAGGAGAGACUCUGGGAGGUGCAGCGAAUCGUUACUGCGCUUAAACGCAAACUCCGUGAGGCCAAGAGACAGGAGUGUGAGACUAAAAUCGCACAGGAGAUCGCCAGUCUUUCUAAAGAGGACGUGUCAAAGGAGGAGAUGUCUGAGAAUGAGGAGGAAGUCAUUAAUCUGCUCCUGGCACAGGAGAAUGAGAUUCUAACAGAGCAGGAGGAGUUGAUCUCUCUGGAGCAGGUGCUGCGACGGCAGAUCGCCACAGAGAAAGAGGAGAUUGAGCGACUGCGUGCGGAGAUUGCAGAUAUACAGAGCCGUCAGCAGGGUCGCAGUGAGACGGAGGAAUAUUCAUCAGACAGUGAGAGUGAGAGUGAAGAUGAGGAAGAGCUUCAGAUGAUUCUAGAAGACCUACAAAAACAGAAUGAAGAACUCGAGAAUAAAAACACUCAUCUGAAUCAGGCCAUUCAUGAGGAACAGGAGGCCAUUUUGGAACUGCGUGUUCAGCUCCGCCUCCUCCAGAGUCACAAGGUGCAGCAGGAGAACACGGCUCCACCCACAGUUGAACAGGCUCCGCCCUCCCAGCCUAGCCCAGAGGAACGAUCUCGAGCGGACGAGCCAAUCAAACACGCCACAGCAGCCGUCAUAGAUUCCACUGUUACAGCCGCAGCUGCUUCUACCAAUGGGAAGCCUGGAAAAGACGCUAUGAAACCAUCGCCUAACAAAGACAAGCGAGAGAGCAACCUGUAAACAGUUAGACCAUCAAUAUACCGCUUAAAGGAAUAGUUCACCCAAAAAUGAAGAUUCUCUAAUUUACCCAGAUGCCAUCCCAGAUGUGUAUGACUGUUUCUCUUCAGCAGAACACAAAUGAAGGUUUUUAGAAGAUAGAGCUCUGUCAGGUCUUUAUAAUGGAAGUACACGGGUGCCAGCACUUUGACGGUCCAAAAGUCACAUUUAGGCAGCAUAAAAGUAAUCCAUACAACUCCAGUCGAUCGAUGAAUGUCUUCUGAAGGGAAUUGAUACUUUUAUGUUUGAAACAAGUCGAUAAUUAAAAAGUUUUUAACUUUAAAUUGCUGCUUCCGUCCAGGUGUCUGAUGCUGUUUGAAAUGGCCGAACUCUCGCGUGACGUUCAUUCUGCUGUUGUAAAUAAGUGCCGCUUCCGUAUUCUCGCGUGAACUCGCCGACACGCUUACGUCAUGCUUCGGGUCAGCUGCUGGCAGGAAGCGCUUUUUAAAAGUUAAUAACGUUUUAAUUAUCAGUUAAUUAUUUACACAAACGUAUCGAUUUGCUUCAGAAGACAUUCAUUGAUCAACUGGAGUCACGUGGAUUACUUUUAUGCUGCCUAAAUGUGACUUUUGGACCGUCAAAGUGCUGGCACCUGUGUACUUCCAUUAUAAGGACCUGACAGAGCUCUAUCUUCUUUUAAAAAGUCUUCUGAAGAAACACAGUCAUACACAUCUGGGAUGGCAUCAGGGUAAGUAAAUAAUGAGAGAUUUUCAUUUUUGGGUGAACUAUUCCUUUAACUACUUCACCUGUAUUUAGGUUUGCUCAUCGCUGUGACAUCUCGGGUUAAGGGUCAGACUAAAGGUUAUGUUUAGAGUUUACCACCAUUUCUCAAGGUGAAGCGAAAUGAGUUUAUUACACUGGGAAAAAACUGGAUAGCAAAGAAUUGAACAUGUGAGGGAGGAAUUGUGAAAUGUAAAGGUCAGUAGGUAAAACAGGAGGAGAAUAUGGAAAACAUUUCAGUUCGGUCAUUAUUGCGAUAUUGCGAUUUAUAAUUCAAUUUAUUUAAUUGAAAAACAUAUGGAUAGUUCACCCAAAAAUAAAAAUUCUCUCAUCAUUUACUUAUUUUCAUGCCGUCCCAGAUGUGUAUGACUUUCUUUCUUCUGAAGAACACAAAGAUUUUUAGAAGAAUAUCUCAGCUCUGUAGGUCCAUACAAUGCAAGUGAAUGGUGGCCAGAACUUUGAAGCUCCAAAAAGCACAUAAAGGCAGCAUAAAGUAAUCCAUAAGACUCCAGUGGUUAAAUCCAUGUCUUCAGAAGUGAUAUGAUAGGUGUGGGUGAGAAACAGGUCAAUAUUUAAGUCGUUUUUCACUAUAAAUUCUUCUCCCUGCACAAUAGGUGGUGAUAUGCACGAAGAAUGUAAACCUACAAAAAAAUGGUUACUUUCAUGCUGCCUUUAUGUGCUUUUUAGAGCAUCAAAGUUCUGGCCACCAUCCACUUGCAUUGUAUGGACCUACAGAGCUGAAAUAUUCUUCUAAAAAUCUUUGUUUGUGUUCUGCAGAAGAAAGAAAGUCAUACACAUCUGGGAUGUCAUGAGGGUGAGCAAAUGAUGAGAAAAUUCUCAUUUUUGGGUGAACUAUCCCUUGAAGCUGUAUGUGAAGUUUAAUCUGAAAUCAAUUGCAGCACAAUCAGAUCUUUGUGAGUGCUCAAUUAAUUAAAUCUUGCCCUUUGGCACAAGUCUAAUCUGGCAAAGAGGGUAAUUCUCUUCUUCCCUUUUUUUUUUUUUUUUUUCACAAAUAGUUAAAAGUAUUAGUGUUUUAUUGUUGUUGUUGUUGUUGUUGUUAAAAGCUCUUGAGCUUACGAAAGAAUCUCACAAAACCUGUCACGAACAUUUUCAGGACAUAUUUCACCCCAAAUUCAAAUGUAAAAAGAAAUUGUAUUUUACUUAAAGAAAAUUAAACCUGUUGUGCAUUGUGAUUAUUUACAUGACAACUAAGCACCUCCUUAUUUAUCAUUACUGUAUUACUGUCUUCAAUCAAUACUUAUUAAAAUAAAAGAAAAUAUUGUAUUCCAGUCAUCUUUUUUAUAAUACAGUAAAAAAAAACUGAAUGUUGAUCAAAUGAAAAUCACCACAAAGAAUAAUAGAAAUUACAAAGAAAAAAAAUUUAUAUAUUAAAAUGUCUCAACGCAUUACGGUAAUGAAAGUGCAUUUGCUUAAUUAUCAUAGAAAUGAUGUCUUUCAUGCAAAAAAAUAAAAUAAAACAUAUUGUCCUAAAAAAUAGCCAUAAUUUCAUUGAAGCAAUAUAUAUAUAUUUUUUUUUUUUUUUUAUUUGGGGGUGAAAUGUUACCUGGAAUUGCUCUUGAUAGGAUCUGUGAGAUUCCCCCAAACAUAUAAGCAAGGCAAAGCAUUUCAUUAAUGAUAUACUGAAGAAAAAGUAUUUAAAAGAUGGCAUAACACAUUACAUUUAAUUGUUUUCAAACCAGAGUGACCGCUUCAAUGGCCACUGUAUGAACAUCCAUUUAUUUUUGUUACAGUGCUGAGAAGUCUUAAACUUUUUAGUUUGAUUUGUCAGUAAAUCGCGAAAGCGACAUUCACUGUAAAAAUCACAAUCAUUUCAGAAAGGUGGCCUAGCAUGCAGAUGUAUCUUAUUGUUAUUAAUAACAAAUGCUUCACUUUUUUAAAUCCCAAAUAAGAAUAUACAUGAGAAGUAACCUAAAAGUCUCUUGCUAAGCUUCAGAAACAUGGUGAUUAGAAAUCGAAGGUUGCGUCCAGUUCUCCUGGUGGAUUUGCCGUCAUUGGUCCAGAUCUAAAUUCGAGAUCAAACCGGACGCAGUCCUGCCGAUGAAGCUGUGUGUGUUAUGAAACCACUGUGCCAUACGUAACUGUGUGCAACUGCACAGAAGAAUUACUUUGAAGAUGCGCCAAUACAUCUAGGAUAGAAUUUUUACCUAAAGAUAUAAGGAAUUGGUUUUGAACAUGUAUUAGAAAUUUCACUAUUUAAUAGUCACUAUAUACGUGUGUGUGUGUGUGUGUGUGUGUAUAUAUAUAUAUAUAUACACACACACACACACAUCUAUACUGUAACUGCACUAAAUAUGUGCAUAUAUGCACUUAUAGAGCAAGAGAUAGUUGAUUGCCAUUUGUUGUGGAAUUGGUAACAUUUUUGUUAGUUUCCAUACAUUCACGUCAUAUACUUGUUUUUUUUUUUUUUUAAAGUUUAGUAGAUUUUGUGAGACACAAGAAUGUGUUUUUGGUUAAUGAUGAAGUUUGUCGGGUGUUUUGGGUAGGUUUAAAAAAUGUGGGUAAUGUGCUAACCCGGAUGAAUCUCACAAAGAUGUGUUUGAGUCAUAUUUCACCACAAAAUGUAUUUAUUUUUUUGCUAUUUUUAUUUAAAAACAAGCCCAUUUUCCCUCAAAUUCUCAAAUGUAAUGCAAAAAAAUUUAUUCUCUUUCUUCAAUGCAGAAUUGUUUUUUUUUUUUAUUGCUGUAAUACAGUAAUUAAAAUCAUACCUGUCCUGAUUUAUUAUUAAAAAUAAUCACAGUUUUUGCAUAACAGUAAAGUGAAUGAGAUGUGUUGCACAUUACAUUAGGCUACUGAAAAUGUGCCUAAUUUUUAAAUAAAAAUGUCACAUUUCAAAACAUCUUUAGAAAAUUAAAUAAUAAGGCUCUCUUUUGAUUUUGGGGUGAAAUAUGACCUGGACAUUUCUUAGAUUUGUUUUGUGACAUUUGCCCAACCGUAUGAUGUUAUAGAUGUUAUAGCACACAUAUUGAUGUUUUUAGUGAUGGUAAACUUGUACUAGAUUGUUACCAAUUCAUCCCUUUUUUAAUACUGGUAUUUUAUCAUUUUCACUUUAUUUUUGUGAUUGUUUGUGCUUGUUGAAUGCUAGUGUAUUACUGGAACAUUGUGCAUUAUUGUUCUAUUUCAGAUCUAACACCUUUUCACCUUCAUUUAGCUUUUUAUGUGUUUUCCCCCAAUCUGUCUUGUCAAGCAAGUGAUUCAGAAAUACUGUAUUACUCAAAUCAAAUCUUGAUCGUCAUCUCUAUCAUAUGUAAAAAGUUCUUCUUUUUCUUAAAGCCUCUGCUAGAACGUAUCUCAAAGGGAUAGGAAGUUGCUCAAAUACUUUUGGAAAUUAUAAUUUUUCAUAUUAUAGACAAAGCCUUUUGUAGCUCAUGGUAAUUGCGAGCUGAAUGCUGCAGUCUAAAAUAAAACAAGUCUGGACAGUUACUCUAAGUUUUGAAAUUUUCUUCACUGGAGUGCAAAUUACUUUGGAUCAGCCUGUUGCUCGUGUGGUGAUGAAGGCCACAGUGAUGAUGGAAGACCUCAGAUGCUUCAGUGGCUUUUGUGAUUCGUGCUGUCACCACAGUUGUU